CUUGGACGAUUAUUCACGUCUACUGAUUACAGUGCUAUAUACCUAUCAACACUUUUAGUAACUUGACAGUAGAGCGAUGGCGCACACGUUAGCUUUGUUGAUUAUUUCAUUAUGGGUGUCAUCUAUCGAAGUCUCAGGGAAUUUACCAAGUUUAGACAUGUUAAAUAUUCCUCCCCCGAAACCUGCCAAGAAAACCACCACGACCCCACCCCCAGCUCCUGACCCCAUACUGACGGGGGCAGCGGCCAGAACAGCCCAGGAUCGGGUGGCCCUGGAGUUACCGGACAUUGUAUUUGCUGACAAUCAGCCCGGGGGGUCAGCCAUUGACAUCGGGACCGUGGCCAAUGACAUUAACCUUGACCUAGAUAGAUUGAUCAAGGAGACACUGGGUGAGGCCCCCAUGGGGGAACACAACGCCCCCCGACAGACGGACCUCACGGCGUUACUGGAUCUCAUCAACACUGAUCCCAUUGGGCGAUCGGAUCCCACUCCUUUCUUUGAUCUACCCAUGCCAACUGCAACACCCAAACCUCCAAAGCCUACUCUUCCACAACUAGGAACUCUGGUUUCCACAUCUAACAUCGAUUCCAGCGUUGGAAUUUCAGUUAGCAAACAAGAAACGGCGCAUUCAUCCAACAAACGUAAUUUCCAGACUGUCAAGAUUCCAGAUUUCGACUUCCCGUCACUUCCCAAUUUACCCAAAAUAUCCGAGGCAUUCAAUUCGCCUCCUGCCGCACCCGAGCUGCCAUCACUCAGUGAAACAUCUGGUGGUCUACCGCCAUUAACAGACGCUUUCGGUGAAUUACCAUCGCUUUCACAAACAUCCAUUGAUUCAAAACCUCCCACACAAACUAUCGACGAAUUACCGUCUCUCAGUCAAACUUCCGGUGGAUUACCACCCCUUUCACAAACAUCCAUUGGAUUACCACCCCUUUCACAAACGUCCAUUGGAUUACCACCACUUUCGCAAACAUCUGGCGGACUACCACCCCUUCAACAAACACCCAACGAGCUACCACCCCUCUCACAAGCAUCCGGAGAAUUGCCACCCCUUUCACAAGCAUCCGAUGGAUUACCACCCCUUUCAUCCGGUGGAUUCCCAUCAUUUACCGAAUCAUCCGCUGGAUCGCCGCCUUUUAAUGAUAAUUCCGAUUCAUUUUCAUCUUUCGCUGAUACCCGUAGGGGUCUCCCAUCACUACCACCAAUUCCCGAUGAAGAAAACAAUAUGCCUCCACAAUCAAGGAUCCUCGGUAGGCCACAAUCUUUCCCCGAUCCUUCCGAGCCUAUAUUUAAUCCCGAUCCCAGAUUUCAACCUGCCUUCCAACCGCAAGGACUACCAAGAAGUCCUUUCACGUCUAGACUACCUACCGACCCGAGGACCUCCGAUCUUGGAGAAGUUGGAAGGCUUAGAAAUCCAUUUGCACCCGCUUCUCAACCCACCAGGCGUCAAGGAUUAUCCCGGGCCGGGCGACUGCCAUCAAGAGAAAGCUUGAGCAGAGUUCUGUCAGAAGAACAGCUUCAAUCGAACGAUCCCAACCUACUACCAUUCGCUGAAAACGUUUUAUCACAAGUCCAACAACUCGUCAACCGACUUAAAGACAACAGAGAUACAAGCCCAGCCUCUGAGCGUGCGCCUGGACGAGUUCCGGUCUCCAACUCGGACUGUCCUAACGGCCCCCCGGCCUGUCCCGAGGAUCCCUGUCAGACCUCGUCCUGUCUCAACAUCAUCAACGCUCAGUGCCGACCUUCAUGCACUGAGUGCGCUCCACGAUAUUUCGUCAACGGUAGAGACGUCACAGAGACGUGCACAAUCAUUUCCGGUCUUCGAAGUUCCGGCGUUGCAAACAUCGCCCCUAGUGAAUCCGGAGCCCAUCUUUUCAUAGGCUCAAAUGGAGAUUUUCUAAAUAUUCCCCGAGGUGGAAGAACACCCCCGACCGGAAGCACACCACAAAUAGGCAUGCCUCCAAGGAGACCACCAAUCAUUGACCCGAUCACUCGUCAACCCAUUGAUCCCAGAUUCUUGGAGCAAAUAGACCCGAGGCGCGUCAUGGAUCCCCGGAUGGAGCAACGACUCACUGAGCUGCGCGCGCAGCAACAACAGCUUCCUCCUGGUGUUGAUCCCAGAAACAUUGAUCCACGAAUGGAGCAACAAAUUGCUGAGAUGCGUGGGCAACAGCAGCAACUUCCACCAGGCGUGGGACCACAAAAUAUGGAUCCUAGGUUCUUGAGAGCUCUUCUGGAAAAUGAAAACAUCGCCCGAAUGAGAAACAGACCCACUGGACCUCCAUUUGAUCCCCGCAUCGGGCAGUUCAUGAGGCCAGGAGCCCCGCCAGUAAGUUUCCAACAGAUGGCCCGACUUCGCGGACAAAAUCUGGACGUGGACGCAGUACGGCGAUUCAUGGCUGAACAAGGACUCAGUGGCACCGCUAAUGUCGGCGAAUCAGAAGCACCCCAGAGGGGAGCGCCUAACGUACCUAACCCGUCCCUGAUUAACCGGAUCAACGACAUGCGAAACAGGGGUUUGCCACUUGGAAUGAUAAACCAGGCCUUGCAAAAUGGCCGAUUCCGCGGGGCCCAGGCGCCACAAGCAAGUCUUCCGGGAAAUCAGGCCGCCGCGCAAAGACCUCCACUAGGCGUGAACGCACAGCAGUUACAGGCUCUUCGUAACGAGUUCGCCAGUUUCCAGACGGGCCAACCUCAAACGGCUGGUAAUAACCCAGCACAGAAUUCAGCCAAUCAGGCGCCGAAUGCCCCAAGUUUCAGCAUCCAAUCAGCGCAGAGUAAUCCGUUAGCAACAAUCCAGGCCGCCAGGCGAGCACUUCAAAGGCAGGCUGUAAGGAACCGAGCGAGCGUCAUCUGAAAAUAUGCCAUUGUGACGUCAUAUGAACCAGGCGCGUUCAGAUAUCAGUUUCGUUUUAUGUGACCUACAAUUUGGUUUGUGUUAUAUUUAAUUUUAAGAUAUGUUGUUUUUUUUUAGAUAAAAAAAUUAUACAUGA